AUGUUAACUAAAAGUCAUCUUUCAGUUUGUAGUACUCAACGAUAUUUAAAUCUUCUUCAUCGUUAUACAUCAUCUAAUUCUAGUCAAAAAUAUGAUGAUUAUAAUUUUUUUAAACGAAGUAUUUUAGCAACAGAUCAUUUUCAAAAUAGUUUACCACGUUUACCAAUACCACAAUUAGAUAAAACAUGUCAACGUUAUUUAGCUGCACUUAAACCAAUAUUAAAUAAUGAUGAAAAUGCUUAUAAAGAAACACAAAGUAUUCUUGCUGAUUUUCGUACUGGUGAUGGUAAACGUCUUGAUGCAAAAUUACGUCAACAAAAUGCAUCAAAUCGACAUACAUCAUAUAUAUCAAAACCAUGGUUUGAAAUGUAUUUAAAAUCACGUUUACCAUUGAUUCUAAAUUUUAAUUUUUUUCUUGUUUUUACUGAUGAUCAACUACAAUUAAAACCAGCAGCACGUAUUACAAAUUAUAUUAUAUCAUCAGUACGUUUUAUGAAUACACUUCGUUCGAAUUUUCUUGAUCCUGAAGUAUAUCAUUUAAAUCCAAAAAAAAGUAAUACUGAUCAAUUUCGUAAAUAUCUUCGAUAUGUACCAAAACGUUUUGCAUUCUAUGGUGCUGUUAUACAAAAAGCUUUUCCAUUAGAUAUGUCACAAUAUAAUCGUUUAUUUAAUUCAACACGUAUUCCAAGAACUGAUUGUGAUAUACUUCAAACAAAUUUGGAUAAAAUUCGACAUAUUAUUGUUAUUAAACGUGGUCAUUAUUAUAAAGUAAAUGUCUUAGAUAAUAAUGGUGAUCUUUUACCAGCUGAACAAAUUGCAGCCAUGAUGAAAUAUUUAUCUGAAGAUUUAAAUGAAGAAGAAAAUCAAUAUCCAUUUGGAUAUUUUACAGCUGAUAAACGAGAUCGAUGGGCAACAAUACGAACACAAAUUGAAACACUUUCAGAACAUAAUAAACAGAUGUUUAAAGAAAUUGAUAGUUCAAUUAUGGUUGUAUGUUUAGAUGAGGACGAUCUAUCAAAAUUAGAAAGAUCUCGUAGUAAACAACAACUUGCUGAUUAUGUAUCUGGAAGAUAUUUAUGUUAUAAUGCAGUAAAUCGUUGGUAUGAUAAAUCUUUUAAUAUGAUAAUGUUAUCUGAUGGAACAUUAGGUCUUCAUUGUGAACAUUCAUGGGGUGAUGGUGUUGCAUUACUUCGUUUUUGUAAUGAUAUUGAUAAAGAUGCAAAUGAAAAUAAUAAAAUAAAUUCAUCAAAUUAUCAAACAAUUCAAUCAUCAACAAAUAAUUGUAUUGAAAAACUUGAAUUUCAAUUAGAUGAUAAAAUUAAAAAUGAAUUUCAAAUAUCAAAAGAAAAUUAUAAGAAUUUUGUAUCGAAAUUUAAUGUUAAUACUUUUCAAGAACCUAUACUUGGAAAAAAUUUAUUAAAAAAAUCUUCACUUAGUCCUGAUGCUAUCAUGCAAUUGGGUAUACAAAUGGCUUAUUAUAGAUUACAUCAUCGAUUUGUAUCAACAUAUGAAUCAUGUUCAACAGCUGUUUAUAAACAUGGUCGAACAGAAACUAUUCGACCUGUUACACAUGAAACAAAAACAUUUAUUGAAAUAUUAACAAAAUCGAAUAAUGAUCAAUUAAAAAAAGAUUUAUUAAAAAAAUGUUCCGAUAAACAUCAACAAUUAAUUAAAGAAGCGGCAACAGGACAAGGUUUUGAUCGACAUUUAUUUGCAUUGAAAUAUUUACAAGAAAUUGAAAGUAAAGAAGCAUUACAUCGAAUCUAUAAAGAUAAAUCAUAUCAAUUAAUGAAUCAUACAAUUCUUUCAACAUCAACUGUUGCUUCAAAACAUAUUGCUGCAGGUGGUUUUGGUCCUGUUGUUGAUAAUGGAUUUGGUAUUGGUUAUUUAAUUGAUGAUGAACAAUGUGGAUUAUUAGUUACAUCAUAUUUACAUAAAGAAUUGCCUAGUUUUAUGCAAGCAGCAGAUGAAAGUUUUAGAGAACUUGCAAAUAUUAUUAAAGCUUAA